AUGGCGUCAACUUCACCAUCCGAAUUCCUCACCUUCUACCGUCGCCUCGCCUCUUCAUCAACACUUCGAUACAGCACCGUCUCCAGAACGACCGCUCGGCCCUUCAGCUCGUCGAUACGCCAUUUAGAGAAGCAAAAUGAUCUAGGAGGUCCUGACCAGAAAAAGAGCCACGCACUGGAGAAGGAACACGAGCCAAACGUGCAAACCGAACAGACGAAGAAGGGCAGAGAGCACCGUGCCAACGAUACGGGUGGAGCUGCAACGACUCAGAAAGAUCCCAAUAAUGCGGCGAAGAAGGCGAAGGAGGAGUUCCCUGAAGCUCCAACCACCAUCGGGUUCCAGGAUGAGCGAGGCGGUAAAGGCCAUUAG